AUGGAAAAAAUUACUAUUCCAACUGAACCUAUUGGAUCAAUUCCUCGACCAAAAGAGUUAAUUAUAGCUCAACGAAAUUAUCGAUAUGGAACAAUGACUUACGAUCGAUUAUGUGAUUAUUAUACAAGAGCUAUACAAACAACAAUUCAACAAUUUGAAACAACUGGUUCAUCUGUUAUCACUGAUGGUGAACAAACAAAACCAUCAUUUUUAACUUAUCCAAUUUUUAUAUUAUUUAAUGAAUAUUAUACAUUUUCAGCAGAUUGUUUUUCACUUAAAUUUGCAGAUGGUCAUCAACGAUUAUUACCAAGAUUAAUCAAAGCACCAUUUCGAUAUGCACUCUAUGCUCAUACUUAUAUUGAUAUUGCAAAACAAAUGACACAAUUACCUAUCAAACAAGCAGUAAUUACACCAUCAGCAUUAUCAAUGGUUUAUCCAAAAGCAACUAUAAGAGGUUAUUCACAUGAACAAUUUCUUAAUGAUUUAACAAAUGAAUGUGAAAAAGAUAUUCGAUUAUGUCUUGAAAGUGGAGCUUAUUGUGUUCAACUCGAUUUUACUGAAGCACGAUUCUCUUUGAAAAUUGAUCCAUCUGGUCAAUUAUUAAAAGAUUUUGUUCAACUGAAUAAUCAAGUUUUAGAUCGAUUUACAUUUCAAGAACAACGUCGACUUGGUGUUCAUGUUUGUCCAGGUGGUGAUCAAGACUGUUAUCAUUCAUUUGAAGUUGAUUAUUUAGAAGUUCUUCCAUCAUUAUUUAAACUUCAUGUUUCUAAUUUCUAUUUACAAAUAACAAGUGAAACAAAUCGUGAACGAAUAUUUUUAUGUAUUCGUGAACAUAUGAAAUCAUGGCAUCGAAUAUUUAUUGGUGUUAUUAAUCCAAUUGAUCCACGAGUAGAAAGUGCAAAAGAAGUAUGUGAUCAAAUAUUAGAAGCAGUGAAAUACAUUCCAAUUGAACAAUUAGGAACAACUGAUGAUUGUGGAUUUUCUCCAUUUGAUGAUGAUGAAUCAACAUCAAGACAAAUGGCUUUUGAUAAAAUUCAAGCUCGAAUUGACGGUACUCAUAUGGCUGAAAAACAAUUAAUGAUGAACAGAUAG